AUGGAGGGCAAUGUCUUGGCACGUCCGACCUUCUGUGGCAAGGCGACGACCUCGCUGCAGCGCUUGGCGCAGCCGUUUGUGCCGCUGCUGGAGGGCCAAACCCCGGCACCCAUCGUUGGCACCUCCACGGGCCCGGCUGCGCGGUUGGUGACGGGGAGGAGGGCGCAGUGGCGGCGUGUGUUGUCGGGUGGGGAGUGGUGGUCAGGGGUGAUUGACUUAGAGCUCCUGCUGGAACAAGAGGUCACAGGGCACAUCUUCGUCCAGGCCUUGCUGGUGCAGCUGCCACCCGCCGUUCGGCCGGUGGCAGGCGGAGAGAGCCUCAGCCGGGUGGACGAGGAGCUCUUCGAGGACUCCGUCGAGCGGCUGGGCGUGUCCGGCGGGAGCGCGGCCUUCUUCAAGCUGCGGUUGAAGUCGCAGAGCCGGCCGAUGGACUAUUUCAUUGGCAAAGACCUCAGCCAUGCAGAGGAUGAGGUCAACUUCUAUGAGGAAGCCUUGCAACUUCAGCGCCAGCGUGGUGCAGCAGGUCUGGGGCCACUGCUGGGCUAUACUCUGGAAUAUGCGGGCGUCCUCACUCACACCGAGAUCCAUCCUCGCGCGGCCGGGAGGACCGAGCUCUUGGUGAUGCGGAACCUGCGCUGCGGCGCCGUGAAGUUCCGCUUCUUGGACAUCAAGAUCGGGCAGAAGACCGCCCAGGUUGGGUGGCAGGGCAAGAGCCGCGCGGCCGCCUUGCGGCAAAGUCUGGUGGAUGGCAUCACCAAUAGCAGCUGCGAGGGCUUUCGCUUAGAGGGCUUUGAUGGGCGGCCGCCCGCGCUGGAGUCCAUGGACCCGCUGCUGGAUCUGGGCAUGUCGGGGAAUGCGAAGAUGGCGCACAAGGCCUUGCGUGUGAUGCUGCAGCGGAUGCCCGCCGUGGAGAUGCUGCUCCACUGGCUGGAUCUUCACCAGGAACCGCUCGACGUGGAAGAUCACGAACUUCCGGGCCGGCUCUGCACCACGGAGCUGGCCGAAGUGGUCGGCCAUGAGGCGGUGCGGGGGCUCUACGGCCUCGCGGUGGCCUGCCGGCGAUCGCCGGUGCCGCAGAAGUGGAUCGGAAGCUCGGUGGGUUUGGGCUUUGACGCUGGCCAUGUGCCGAAGCGAGAGCACGGAGAGGAGGAGGUGCGGAAGUCCACGGUGGUGUGUAUCUUCGAUUGGGGACGAUCGGAGCUGAACACCAUGCAAAAGCACAUGCAGCUGAGCGAAAAGGAUCAGCUGGACCGGAUCGAGUUCUGGCGUUAUUACAUGGGUGGCAUCGAUCGGCUGGCCUGGGAGGCAGCGAGGGCAUAUCACCAUCGCUUCAGCUGUCGCAAGUGGUCCUUGCUGACCUUCAAGGUCUGCGACUUCGACUCCAUGUCCGAGAAUGACUUCAUCGGUCGGCUCUCGGUGCCGGUGGAGGAGACCUCUGGAGAGGUCUGUGCGGAGUUGAGCUCCAAGGAUCGCAACCAUGUGGUUGGGGACUACUGGCGUGGGGCAGCGACCCUGACCUACUCCAUCACCUGGAGAGCUUUUCCACAGCCCUCGCGCCUGAAAGGGGCUUGGCGAGUUCACCUAAUUCGAGCCCAACAUCUCCCGCGGCAAGACAAGAUGCAGCUCAGGACCACCUCCGAUCCCAUGUGCGAGAUCACCGCCUGCGCGGAGGAUGAGCACGGGCUCUUGUGCCUGCGCCAGGUGAGUAGCGUGAAGGUCAGGCACUUGGACCCCGAGUGGGGCGAGACCUUCGAUCUACCUGUGGCCACAGAGGAGCGGAUCUCAUUGGAGAACUUGUUCCUUCCAGAGAAGAUCCCGCAGUGGAUCAAAGAUCAGCUGAUGAAUGGGAGAUCCAGCUCACGGUGGUCUUGGACGGAGUCUCACCAGGAGACCGAGGCCCUUGAGAAGGCCUUGGAUACCUGGAAGUCCCGUUUGGACUUGGCCUCUGCGACUGUGGAGGAUGCUUUUGAGGCGUGGAGCAGUGGGAAAGACUUCAAAGACUCAAAGGAGGAAAGCAAGUUAACAGUGCCCAGAGAGGAGAACAAGUGGACCGUUCGUGUCAUCGACACCGAUCGAGGCAGGGCACCCGAACCGGUCGCCAGGUUCGUGUGGUUCGUGGUUGCGCCAGGCUCCCGCGCCCUGGAAGCGGCCGUGCUGUCCGAGCUGGACGCCCGCAACUUGUGUGACGCCUGGUGUUUCAAGCGUCAUCCGUUCGGCCGAACGAACGCGGCCAUCCAACGGGUGUGUGGCGAUGACCAAGUCCCGCCCGAGUUGAGCGGGCGCUGGGUCUCGAUCGACCGACGAAGUGAGCAUCAAAGAGUGCGCAUGAUCUCCUGUCCACAUUUGCCCUUUGAAAGGCCCUCUUUCAGGCCCAGCUCUGCACCUUUUGAGGGAGCACAAGUCUCCCAGCUGGGUGCGGUGCCUGCGGUGUGGGAGACCAGGUGCUUCCGCGAAUCCGAACGGAGUCUGUGCGGUGGACGGCCCAUGAGUUGCACCAGUGGCCGGGGCACCGAGUUGGCCCACGUGGCCUCCCGCGCGCAGGACGCGUCGCCGGGACGCGUGAAGCCCCGUUUGCGUGUUGGCUGCGCCGUGGGCAUCACAGCAAGCCCGGUGCAGUUUGGGAUCGUGCACCAUGGGAGUGUUGAGCAGCUCCCUUUUCAUCUUCACUGGGUGAAGUGCCCUCCCGACGCGGAUGCUGUGCUGGCCAUGCUAGGCGCCGGGCUCCUGGAUGUGGCGAUCCUCCACACUGAGGAUGUGGUGCAUGCAGUGUCCAUGGGCAGUUCGCUGCGCAUUUGUGGCACCUACACUUCUUCGCCCCGGUGUUUUGGCCUCUACAUCCUGAACCAGAAGAAGGAUGAAGAGAGUGAAACUCUUCGAAGCCCGUGUGGCUUACUCCACAAUUCCUUGGGUUCGCAACUGGCCUUGCACAUCUUGGGGCAAGAACGAGAUUGGCGGGCCCAAGGCGACUUGUACCUGCGACAGCUCGCCAGCCUGGAUGCCGCCAAGACGGCGCUGGCCAGCGGCCGAGUGCAGGCGCUCUUAUGGGAGCGGCACAUGGCCUAUGACUGCGUCUCUUCCGGGGAAUGGGUCGAAGCCUGGCAGGCCACACUGCCGUGGUCGUCCUCCCUCUAUGUGGCCACCCGUGACUCGGCAUAUGCGAAGGCGAAGAGUAUCCAGAGCUUCAUCCAGUGGACGCGCAGCUGCUCGGAGGAGUUCCUCGAGGCUGACUCGGCCGAGGCUGCGGGGCAGCUGUUGGCCAAUAGCUACCGCCUCACCGGGCUGGCCGUGAUCGCGUGGUUGAGCUCAAUGCGCUGGUGGUGCCGCUCAGAGGUGCGGAAGGGUGAUCUCACGGACACUCUGAAGCACCUCUUGCUGGCGAACCUCAUCAAAAGUCCCAGCCAUUUGAAUCAUCCAGUGAAGAGCGUUGCAAGAAGCUUUUGUGAGCUCUUGGAGGAGGGGAAGCUGGAAUCCUAUGGCUCCCAAAGAGGCGGCCACUUGGAAGAGGAGGGAUGGGUGCCCCUGGACACAUUUACAUCAGGAUCGGCUAAUCGGCUAUUUGACAUGGCCAGAGGAUAUCCCCUGCAACAGAAUGGACUUCAUGAGUACAUCAUAGAACGGAGAUCAAUGGCAAGAGAUGAGAGCUGAUUCUCAGUUGAAUGGAGGUUCUUUAUGGCUCAUCCCCGGAGCUAGGGAUGACACUCAGUCACUCGAUGAUCUCGAUUUUGCUGGAGAGUGCUCACUCACCGGACCUGUUUUUCAGUGGCCACGGUCUCCUUUCUGGACCCCCCCAAACGGGCCUCCCUCCUUGUCCCUCCACUUCGUCCCUGUUGUCGUUUUCUGGUCCUUUUCGACUCCUCUUCAC